GCAGGUUGGGGUAUUUAAGCGCUGUGUGUGUGUGUGUGUGUUUCUUCAUGUGAACUGAGGACCACAUAAGGGAAACAUGCGCUCACAAACUCCACAUAUGAUACACAAGAGCCCAUAGUGGCCUUUCUCUGAGAAGGACAGCGACUGAUCCCCUGAAUGUCUCACUGAGGUGGCAGCUGAGGUGCGUGCAGCGGAGGGGUGUGCUGUGUGACCGAUGGAGGAGGAGAUCGGACACAGGGAAAUGUAUUCCAACUACACUACUCCAAAUGUCUCACCCACAAAAGCAGCGCCUGGAUGUCCUGGAUUUCCUGCUUACAGUGUCCUUGUCCCCUUGUUGUUGCUCACACUGAUGGGAUGUGCUGCUGCAGUGGUUCUGUAUAUCAGGCGGAAAUCAAGAUUAGACGAGUUACGUCACAGGCUGAUUCCUCUGUACACCUACGACCCCGCCGAGGAAGACGAGUGGAGGGACGCUGACGUGGGGGAUGAGGAGGAGGAACUGGCUGAGCCUUUGUACAAGGAGGGAACACUCUCCUUUUCAUCUGGUUAUGGAACUUGACAAGACAAGAAAGAAAGAAGAAUGUGUCCAUUUAGAACACAGAGUUCUUCUGUGAGACUCUGUUACCUCCGUUUGUUUGGAAGCAAGAUUACACAAAAACAACUGAACAGAUCUCCAUGAAACCUGGAGGAAGGAUGGGACGUGACCUAAGGAAGAACCCACGACAGUUUGGUGAAGAUCCAGGAUUUGAUCUUUUAAAAACUUUUUUUGACAUUGUUCUUAAAAAUUUUUCAGGAUUUUCCAUGAUUUCUUGAAGGAUAAUUCCUGGAUCUUGAUUAAUAAAUUAAAAUGUUUAAGGGACUGAUAUUUAUUGUGCAUUGUUUAAGUGUGUGCAGAUCCAAAUAGAAUAUCCAGAACAGCCUUACUUCCUGUCCACAACACUCAUGGCCAGCUCCCACAUUUGAUGCCUAAGGGUCACAACCCGAACCACACAAGCAGAGUCUAACUUAGUUCUACGUGUGGGAUCUUCAUUAAUCAGGCAUAUCAGCCUGGAUGUGAGCACCCCCCCCCCCCCCCCCCCUUUUAUCUGUGUUAUCACAACCCUUUAUUGGUUUUGGCCACUUCACUGGAUUGCCCCCUUAAUUGCAGAUGAAAAUGAUAAUGCUUGCUCUCUACUUGUGUGAUGUCACACCAUUUUUGCCUCAAUAAAAUAUUGAAACAUAAGAAUCUGGAUCCAGUGAAUUUAAAUGUGGUUCCAUAAGGGGAAUGUUGGGCCAUUGUAGUAUCUGAUAUGUUUUACAAAUGUAGACAAGUAUAUUUAAAUACAUAUUUGUGAUCUAGUAUGAAAAGCUGUUUCAGUACAUUGAAAAAGACCAAAUAAUAAAAACAAAUUGACAUGGUAAUGACAGUUUUGCAGAGCCAACCACUAGAUGGCAGCAUAAUCAGGCAUUUUCAUUCAUUCAGAAAAUCAGUUUAAAUCAUGUAAAAGUCUUUUGAAACAUAAGAUAAAAUAGAUUUUUUGUCAAUAAACCAAAAUUUAAUAUA